AUGUCUGACCCAGGUGGAUCUCAGCUUCCGGAAGUGGGAGCUGGCAAAACACCACGGGGUAGAGCACGAUUGCUUUCGAGCAGGCGUCGAGAACGGCCACUGCUGUCUUGCACUCUGUGUAGGCGGAUGAAACUUCGAUGCGACAGACAGCAGCCUUGUGGAACCUGCACCCAGCGGUCCCUAGGCUCUUCUUGCUCAUAUGCCUCGAACACGCUGCAGCCUGGAGACGGCGCACAACCGCGUGUUUCCACCAUGCAAGAUAGGCUGAAACAUCUGGAAACUUUGGUUGUUGACCUGAUGCAGAAAACCUCUGAUGUCCAGGAACGGGAAAACUCGCCACACACUGCGGAUGACUCGAAUCCGUUUAGCUCAGGUGUAGAUAUCGCCAACACCGCAUCACCAGCUUCUGACUACGGCAGUAUAAGAUUGACCGCCUCAGGUACGAGCUACGUCAACAGUACCCACUGGGCCGCUAUCCUCAAUGAAAUUUCGGAUAUCAAAGACCACUUCGAAAGGGAAGAAGAAGCCCAAGUUGGUCCUCAGCCCACCGUCCAUAACGUUUCGGGUUGGACAGGCCCGCUAUUGUUACAUAGCUCUAUUAAACCCAUGAGUAGGGAAGAAAUCUUAUCAUUGAUACCUCCUCGCUCUACUGUUGAUCGGUUGGUUUCUCAUUAUUUUAAUUUCUUUGAGAUGUCUCCUGCUACUCUUCAUAGCUUCCAGUUCUUGGAGGAGGUACUAUCACUGCUGCCUGUUUUAUUGAUAAGCUUACCUCUAACAUUUUCCCAGUACGAAAAAUUCUGGGAGGACCCAUCUGCAGCACCGAUUAUUUGGCUUGGUCUGCUUUUCACAAUCAUGUGUCUUGCUACGCUCUUCCAAAGGUUCAGGCUGGACUCCAACGUCCAGAACGCUGAAAGCCUAUUGAUAGAGCAAGACCUCCAAAAAUCUAUGGAGAGUUUCCGACAAAAUAUUGUUAAUUGUCUCAUCUUGGGCAAUUAUACCCAAGGUGGCCCCUAUGUUCUGGAGACCCUCAUAUUAUACUUUACUGUCGAACUCUUUAUUCAUACCGAUACUGAAAUCGGCGUUUGGAUACUUUUAGGUACCAUAGUUCAACUUGCGAUGCAUAUGGGAUACCAUAGAGAUCCAAAACACUUCGACGAGAGAAUAUCUCCAUUCAUUGGCGAAAUGCGGAAACGUGUCUGGGCAACCAUUAUUGAACUUGACCUCGGAAUUUCCAUACAGAUGGGGCUCCCACGGCUAAUUAAUCCGUGGCAAGCUGAUACAAGUGAACCUUCAAAUUUACUCGACAGCGACUUCAACCAAGCUAUCAUCGAUAUGCCGCCAUCACGACCGGAAACAGAUCUCACUCCCAUGUUGUACCGCCUAGUGAAAUCUAGGGUGAUGUCAACAGUCGGGUAUAUAUGGGAUUUUGCAGCUGAUACCCGAUCAUAUACCUAUGCAGAAGUGAUGAAAAUGGACAAAAGGCUACAUGAUGCACACGAAGCUAUCCCCGAGUGCCUAAAGUGGCACUCCAUGGCACAGUGUAUCUUGGACACACCGCAGGUCAUUAUGCAAAAAUUAUCCCUAGACAUCAUACUUCACAGAGCAAGAAUUAUACUACAUAGGAAAUACUCGUACUGCUCACCCACGAGAAUGCAGCAUAGCCAAUCACAGCAAGCAUGCUUAAAUGCCGCCCUAAAGCUGCUCGAGUAUCAGCAUAUACUACACGAAGAGACGCGGCCGUUCUGUCGGCUGUACCAGGAACGGUGGAGGGUGUCGUCACUAAUCAAUCAUGACUUUCUCCUAGCAACCAGCAUUCUCUGCUUUUAUGUGCAGCAGACUCGUGGCGUGGAGAAUAAUGGUAGCGAUGUGUUACAAACCGAAACUAUCUGGGCGGCCCUCCAGAGAUCAAACAACAUAUGGCUCAAAUCAAGCGAUUUGUCAAAGGAAGCGCAAAGGGCCGUAAAAGCUUUGAGUGUGGUUCUAGGAACUAGCCACAGCAUCUCUAAUACACGCCCCGAGAUCGAAAUAAACACUUCAAUCGAGCAAAUGCUUGACACAACAAUAUUACGCAGCUGGGCAUCCCCAACAAAUGAUAACUUAAGGAGUUUUUUUAGCCCUACGUUUCCCACAAAUGCAGACCAGCAGGAGAUCACUGUUCACUCACAGCAGAAAGCACAAUAG